CUAUGAAAGGCUUGGAAUGCAUGAUAAAUUUCUGUGGUUUUUUGUUCGGCGUGUUGUUAUCAUUGGGAUAUCAUUGGGAUUGGAAUGGUGUGGAUGUGCGCAUCCGCACCUGUGUUUAUGGGUGGCUGGACUGACGAGCAUAUUGCUUUGUUGCGAAGUCUGUAUUUCAAUUGCUUUUGCCAGCUAAACUAGUAAAGUUUGAGAUAUUCAGAGGGUGGCAUGCAUGGCUAUAACCAACUGCCAACUGUUGUUAAUCUGUCUGAUCCUGGGAAAUUGUGCCAUUUUAUUCUACAUAUCCCAUAUCCAGCAGUCAGCCGAGAGGGAGACAUUACGAGAACAAAUUAUUCGACCAGAUGAGCGCCAAGAAGAUGUAAUCAGAGCUUCUGGUCGCGUCAAUUCUGUAAAAGCAUUUGAAACACAAGUUACUGUCCUUAUUCUGGAAUUUGAAGAUUUCGAAAACGACGUUGUUCGGACAAUUCAGUCAAUCCUACAUGUUUUCCCUAAAAUCCGUGUUAUUGUUUUAGCACAGCACAGGCCAUAUCCACCUCUUGAUUUUCCAGAUGAUAACGUUAAGCUGGUUAUCCAAGAGACCUCUCCAGAGCAGAGACAAUCAGUUGGAAGACCAGAGAGCUACAUCUCCACUCCUUAUGUGAUAUUUGUACCGGAUGGAUCCAGACUUAAAUCCCCAAAUAUCUUCCUUUUUAUGCUUUCUUCCUUGAAAGAGUCAGAAAAAACAAACUCUAAAAUCAUCGCUGUGCCAGUGGAGAAUAGAUUUUAUGUUGAAUGCCACACUCUAAAAGUAGACUUAAAAAAAUGGACCUUACAGUAUGAAAUGUGCAAAAAUAAGUCUGGAAAUUUCAUGUUGUGUGAUUCUGUUUCUCAAAGUGUAGCUGUGAUCCUCAAAACAGCUUUUCUACACAGUUUGAGUACUCCCUACAUGAGACCAUUUCCCCAAAGUCUGUUCAUCCAGGCAUCCAUACACCACGUUCAUACCAAACUGCUGUUUAAGUCAUCAAUCCCUAGAAGAAUUGAGCUUUUUACCAAUCCUCAUAAUGACUGGAAGCACAAGCACAAUAUGAAAGAGCGUCAUAUACAAAUGUACAAGCGAUUUGGAAUAAAGAAGGUUGACUUGCCAGAUGGAACUGUUCAAUGGUAUGGGUGUGGUAAAAACACUAAGCGCUGCUUUGGGACAAUAGUUGAUGACAUGCCAGCUUAUUUAUACAACAAUCAAUGGACUCCACCUUGUUGUUUGGAACACCUCAGGGAAAGUGCAAGACAUGUGUUUGAAGUAUUAGAUAAUUCUGGAGUGUCAUACUGGCUUGAAGGCGGGUCUCUUCUUGGUGCAGUAAGACAUAGUGAUAUUAUCCCCUGGGAUUAUGAUGUUGAUAUAGGGAUUUACCAAAGUCAAAUAAGAAAGUGCAAACCACUCUUUUAUGCAUUGGAACAAUCCAGGUCUGGGUCUAAGUUUAUUGAUGAAAAGGGGUUUGUCUGGGAGAAAUCAAGAGAGGGGGAAUUCUUUAGAGUACAAUUCAGCCAAAUCAAUCACCUUCAUGUGGAUAUCUUUCCAUUUUAUGAGAAGAAUGGCAAGAUGACCAAGGACACAUGGUUUAAAACUCAUAGACAGGACAUGGAAUUCCCUGUGCAUUUUUUGAAGCCGUUGACAAAGAUCAAAUUUGUUGGUGUUCUAGCCUCUGCCCCUAACCACAUCAAGGAUUUUUUAGAAUUAAAAUUUGGAAAAGGUGUUAUUGAAAACCCUCAGUACCCAAACCCUUUGAAGUUGGGAAAAACCUCCAAAUCUGAAAAAAGACAGAGUCUUUGACAGUUAACUAUUAUUAAAUAGGUAGCCAAAAUGUGUUUGUUUUUAUGUGUUUCCCUGAUAAUAUAAAAGUUGUUGUAAAUACUAGUUGUCCUAAACAAGGUUCUGUUGCAUAAGCAUAAGAAUAUGUAAACAAGGGAAUACUUGUUGAUUAAGUGCUUUUUUUAUCAUGAAUUAAAUCUAGGGGGAGGGGUUAGGAAAGCAGACCUUAAUAUAGGAGGGUCCUGCAACCCUGUAAAAUCUACGAGAGUCAAUUUAUUUUCUGUCUGUCUCUUUUUUUAUGGAUUCAGCUUUGUACACCAUCACACUCCUUGUAAAUGUAGAAAUGUUUAUUCUGUCUUAUGAUCUUGAUUUAACAUGAGAGCUCUGCAAACUGGUUGACAAAAA